AUUUUAGUCUGGAUUCUGGGUAUGCCCUAUUAACUCAGUCGGUUAGAGUGUCGUGCUUAUAGCUUAGCAAGAGCUAUGUUUGAGUCACGCGAUGGCCGCCAGUUCGAUCCUGGCAUAGGGCAUUUUUGCCUCCCACCGAAAAACGUGUGGCUUAGCCAGUGCCACAAUAGACGAUUCCAAGGACAAAGGAGGCUGUCAAAUGCCUUUUUUUGUCGUUUUUAGGGAGAAAGGGUUGCUAGUCCCUUCCGCCUCCUUUUUUUACACACCGCAGCGAUGCCAUCCGAGACCGAGGACAAUACCACGAUCCGAUUGCCGGCGCUUCCGUGUCUCGAGCUGCGCACGCACGAAAAGCGCGGACGCGGGGGCACAUUGGUGCACAUAUCGCCAGUGCUUUUGUUUGACCACAGCGAAUACAAUGCGCACGGGCAGUACACGAAGCUCGACGACUACACGUACAAGUGGCCAGGCGGCUUUGCAUUGGCGCUGGGCCUGGGCAGCAUGUUCAACCACGAGCCGUUUGGGCACGAGAACAUUGGGUUUAUGCGGGACGUGGAGCGCGGGGUGAUCCGGUAUACAGCGCUCCGGGACAUUGCAGCAGACGAGGAGCUGUGUAUCUGCUAUGGCUCGCACGUGUGGUUUGAGGUCGAGACGAGGAACGCCGAGGCGGAGGUCGAGGAAACGGAAACCGAUUUGCUUGCGUGCUUUGACCUGUGAUAAAUAAAUGCGGUGCAGCGAGCAAAGCAUACCCAGUGACUGGACACAUGCGCAGUGGCGGUGGUUAAUUAACAAAAAA